AUGGGUAAGAAGGCGAUUCACUUUGGCGGCGGCAACAUCGGCCGUGGCUUUGUGGCCGAGUUCCUCCACGCCGCCGACUAUGAAGUCGUCUUCAUCGAUGUGAUGGACAACAUCAUCCAGGCCCUUCAGAACACCAAGUCUUACCAGGUCACCGAGGUUAGCGAAGCCGGUGAGACCACCAAGACCAUCACCAACUACCGUGCCAUCAACUCCAAGACCCAUGAGGCCGAUGUCGUCGAGGAGAUUGCGACGGCUGAUGUCGUCACCUGCGCCGUCGGUCCCAACAUCCUCAAGUUCAUUGCCCCUGUCAUUGCUAAGGGUAUCGACAUCCGUUCCACCCCCAAGCCUCUCGCCGUCAUUGCCUGCGAGAACAUGAUCGGUGGUACUGAUCAGCUGCGCAAGCACAUCGAGGAGAGAACCGACUCCGAACGUCUCGCGUCCAUGGGCGAGCGCGCCCAGUUCGCCAACUCUGCCAUCGACCGCAUUGUUCCUGCCCAGGCCCCCGAUGCCGGCUUGAAUGUCCGCAUCGAGAAGUUCUAUGAGUGGGUUGUCGAACAGACACCCUUCGGCAGUGUCGGUCACCCUGACAUUCCUGCCGUCCACUGGGUUGACAACCUGGAGCCAUACAUUGAGCGCAAGCUGUUCACCGUCAACACCAGCCACGCCACUGCCGCCUACUACGGAAGAUACGCGGGCAAGAAGACCAUCGCGGAGGCCAUGAAGGAUUCUUAUAUCAAGGGCGUCGUCCACGCCGUGCUUGAAGAGACUGCCUCCCUCAUUGUCGACAAGCACGAGAUCUCCGCCCAGGAGCAGAAGGAUUACAUCGAGACUAUUGUCAGCCGUAUCUCUAACCCAUACCUGGAGGACACCGUAGAGCGUGUUGGCCGUGCCCCCAUCCGCAAGUUGGGUCGCAGUGAACGAUUCAUUGGACCUGCCGCCGCCCUCGCUGAGCGCGGGCUGAAGUACGAGUCUUUGCUGGGGUCUGUUGAGAUGGCUUUGCGUUUCCAGAAUGUUCCCGAUGAUGAGGAGAGCGCCCAACUGGCUACCAUUCUCAAGGAGAACUCGCCCGCCGAUGUUACCGUCCAACUUACCGGGCUGGAGCGCACUCACCCUCUGUUCUCGGCUGUGGUGAAGGUGGUCGACCAGGUACAAGCAGAGGCUAAGGAAACUGGCCAGCCGCGCAUCUAG